CUGCUAUCGCCGCCCUUCCGAUAUUCUCGAACGUUUUAAUGAAUAUUUCGUCUUUGUGUUUAAAUUAAACCGCAAAAAGGGACACGUUUAGGUCAAUUAAUUGUGAUUAUGUCGCAUAUCUGUUAAAUGUAAGAUAUUUUCUCUAUAAUUGAUGCAUUUCGCAAGCAACACGUUCCUGAAACAUAACAUCUUCCCAUCAGUAAUGCUUUCAGUUCUGUCACAUGACAGAACAGAGAUAAAAAAAAAACAAGAAAUGUAGUUUUUCCUCACAAACCCCACUAUUUGAAGAGUUAUGGAGUGUGUAUAUUUAAAACUGCCUGUAUCUGACAGCACUGGUGACUGUCACAUCAGGAGGGAAGAUGAAGAUAGUGGAGGAACCUAAUACAUUUGGGCUGAAUAAUCAGCUUGUGUCUCAGAAUAAUCGACUGCAGGCGAAGAUCAGCCCGUCUCCAGUGUCUGGACCUCCACAUCUGCACAGACUGGCAGGGAAGUGUUACAACUACAUUGAAGCCAUAUACAAAUACGUAUUUUGUCCAUUUCAUAAUGUGACUCAGCAUGAACAGAGCUUCAGAUGGAAUGCAUACAGCGGUAUACUAGGUAUUUGGCAAGAAUGGGAGAUUCAGAAUAACACGUUUACUGGCAUGUGGAUGCGAGAAGGAGAUAAAUGCGGCAACAAGAACAGACAGACCAAGGUUCUCCUGGUUUGUGGGAAUAGCAGUAAACUAGUGAGUGUUUCAGAGCCUCAGACGUGUGUUUAUUCACUGAUAUUUGAGACGCCACUAGUUUGCCAUUCACACUCCCUCUUGGUGUAUCCGGUUUUGAGUGAGGCAUUGCAGAAGGAGUGGGAUGAAAUUGCUCAAGCUCGAUAUGAAGAUCUCAUCACAGAACAGGGUUAUAAUAAGCUGCUGAAGGAGCUGUUUGAAGAGGCUGGUUUCCUGAGAAAAGCUCAACAGCCGAAAGCAGAGGAGAGCGCGACGUCUCUCACACAUCAGAGUCUGGAGCAGUGCACACAGGAUUUUGAAAAGCAGCGAGCAGAGAUAGAGCGGCUACGAUCACUCCUAACACAACAUAACAUCUCCUACCAGAUGACAACAGACAGGACACGGGAUCAGGGUCCCUCACCCUUCCAGGACCAGCACCUCCGCAGCGACACCGGCUUUAUCGCUGAUCUGCACUAACAUGCCCAGCAGGAUCACAAAACAUACAGCUAAUCGUUCAGGAAAAAAAUGCUACCGUGAGAGAAUGGUAUUUUAUAAUGUUUAAAUAUUUGACAUGAUUAAGCAUAAGUUGACCAUGUAUUAUGAAAAAUAAAG